UCAGCGCCAAGUCCCACCGACGAAAGUUCUGGAGCUUUGAAACAUUAUGCCAGGUAGUGAUGGGAAGUCCGGUUCUUUUCCGCAAACCGGUUCAUCGGUUCUUUUACGCCCUAACGUAAUGACGUCUUUCAUGAUGACGUAAUGAUAUCAAGUUUAUCGUCCCGGGCCGGUUUUUUAUCCUAGCAAACCUUGAAAGAAGGUGCACUUUCGUAUGACCGAGACACAACUCCCGCGACGCUCCACUAAAGACCUUUUGAGACUUUUUUAAACUUUUAAAAUGUCCGAAAACCAACAAUUAAGCCACCAUAGAGAUGACGAAAAUGGUGGAGAAUCUGAUAUACUUUAUACCACACGACUGCGUGAAGGACGACCCAACAUAGAUUUCACCUUGUCAAGUGAAAUAAAUAAGAAAUUAUUAAAAAAAGAAACAUGGAUUAUAAAGAAAUCUAGCAAAAAGCCAAGUGUGCAACCUGCAUCAGCUCAUGUUACACUAAGCAAUUUCAUUGAUAUUAUUGACACAGCUGACAGACCAGCAAAUGCCAUAGCAGAAGGCACCUAUGCUCGAAGUGGAACAUAUGCAGGAAAGAGGAUUCCCAAGACUGGAGUCUAUGCAGAAGCAGGAGUUGGACGAGCUUGUGCUGAAUUCAGUGUAUUUGAGGCAGAAGCCAAAGGCCCAAACGCCUCAGCUAGUGCAGAAGCCAGUGUGGCUAGACUAGGGGCCGGAGCAGAGGCUCGAGCUGAAGUUGGCAGUGCAUCAGCUCAAGCCGGUCCAUUUAGUAUGAAAGUGGGUCUUGGACUCGACACACGUGUAUCUCUUGGUAUUGUGGAUGGGCUGGAGGUCAAAGUCUUGGGAACCGGAUUCACAAUUGGACCAAGAACCAGUAUAUCUCUGCUGGGUUCAGAAGUGUCAUGUUCAGUCAUUUAAUCAAGACAGAUUGUGCCAGUUUGGAUCCAACGAAGAUGAUGACACCAAAAAUUGUGAAGACUUCAGAUGAUGCCAACCUUGGAUCAACGUACAAAACUGUCACAUAUUAUCUUUAUAUUGUAAUCAAUACAAGCACAAGCUGUAAUUGUUGUCUAACACAUUUGUUGUGUCCGCUUAGCUGAAUACAUUGUUAACUAACCAUAUAUUGUGUUAUGUUACUGCCACAUGGACAUUACUUUGAUAGUUCAUUUGUGUCUUAUUGCAGAACACAUUCUAGUUUUAACAUUAAAACAAGAAUUAUCUGUAAAGCUGCUUAGAAGCAAUAUGUAUUGUGAAAGUGCUAUACAAAUAAACCAGAAUCGAAUGUUUA